AAGUUACCUGGGAACCAGGUUUUGCGCACGUGCUGCCAUCUCCCAGCUGCCAUCUCCCCGCACAGCACAUGUAUGCUCCGUGCACUGCGAGCUCUUUCUCAUGCAGGUGUUGUCUAAUUUCACCGUAAUUAUCGCCUCUAAAUUAUUUGCUACUACAUAAUCUUAGUUUCGAAUGGCUGCCCAAAGUACUUAAGAUUCGACAACAAUGGAAAUUAUUUAUUAUUGAAUAAAGUUUUAGUUGUAGAAAGCUUUUAGAUUUGGCCAUGGCGUGCAGAGAUGAGGAGUGUGAUGAGUUGGAAAACUGGAAUCCAAUGGCAGAUGACUACAAUGAUCCAGAAUUUAACAGUUACCAAAGAGGUCCAGCAAAAAAUUUGACCAAGGCUAGCAUCAAUAAAGACAAGAAUAAUUUCUCCAUCUAUAUCGCUGGUAUUCCAAAAGAUCUAAAUAAGGAAGGACUGGAGUACCUCUUUCAGAAGGUGGGCAAGAUAAAGAGUUCGUAUAUUCAUGAUCAGAGAGCAGACAAAGACGAUAAAGUAGGAUUUGUUAACUUCGAAACCCAACAUGAGAUGGAAGAAGCAAUUCGAGUUUACAAUGGCUACGAAAUUGGCAGAUUCAGGUUGCGCAUUUCAGUGGCAUUGACCAAGGAGGAGAAGGAGAAGAGACGUGCAGAUAUUGCAGCCAGGUUGGCAAAUGAUUUGGAUGAUUAUGACAUGGAUGAGGGUAGGGACAGCGCUAAGGAAAACAAGGCACCCCCACGAGGAAGGGAAAGUCGCCCACUGAGAGAAAAUAGGUCAUAUCAUCAGAAUUCGUCAUCACAACAGAAUAUGUUUCCAAGAAAUCGCUUUGAAUCUCGGGGGAAAGGUAGAGGAUAUAGCUUUGGAAACGAUUAUCCACGACCACAACGCGGGAAUUUUUCCAAUCCAGGAUAUUAUCCAAAUGAGGGCCCAAUGAUGCCCAUGCAACAGAUAGGCUAUGGCCGGGGAAGUCCUGGUUGUAUCCCUCCUCAACACAUGCAGCAAGGUUUUAUGGACUUUGCUGGUGCUGGACCCAUGAACAGUAUGGGAGGUAUGAUGUCACAGUAUGGAUUUGGCCGCGGUGGGGGCAUGCCGUUCCAGGGUGGACGAGGAAUAAGUCCUUAUGGUGCGGUGAGCCCUGGCUUCAAUCGAGGAUAUCCAGGGAUGGGUGCUGGAGAUUUUUCACAAGUUGGUCCUGUCUAUAGUGAUAUGUCUGACCUGGAUACCUCAUUUGGUGCAUAUAGUGAUAUGCCACCUCCGGAAAGAUUCAAGUCGAGUUUCCUAGAAAAAGCUGUAAAUACGAAAGCUAUGGCAAUACCCAGAAUUGAGGACCGAAAACCAGUUGCUCCACGGCCUCAGAAGAAGUGUUGUGUGUGUGAGGCACUGACAAGAAAAUACUGUAAGAAGUGUAAAAUGCAUUACUGUUCAUCAGAAUGUCAACGUAAGGAUUGGGACGCGCAUAAAUCGAUAUGUGCUAAAUUAGCGGAAAACAGCCGGUUUGAGGAACAAUUUGACGUGGAAGUUGGUGAGGGUUUCAUUGAGAAGCUCCAGAGGAAACUCGAACUGGUUGACUUGUCGUCGAAUUCUGAUGUCGGCGAUGAGCUACGGAGGAUUGCCCCAUACUAUCUCCAAGAAGAGAGAAAGCGUGUAUAUCUGAGAGACUUCCCAAUCCAGGAGUUACAUGUAGGAGGUGAACAGGAGUUUGUGCCAGUCCAUGUUGUCUAUUUUGAGCAGCCAAGAGAAUUUUAUAUUCAGUAUAAACACAGCGCCAAUUGGCGGCUAUACGAGAAGAGCAAAGCGUCCAUGGAACAGGUCUACUCGAGAUCGACACCCACCGGCUAUGUCCCGGAAGAUGACGAAAUUGUCGUCGUAGAAGACAGGAAACAGUGGAAGAGAGGUGCUAUUCAUACCGUCAGAACUGAAAAGGACAAAACUGUCAAAUAUGUUGUGCAUCUUAUCGAUGAGGGUUCCAAGGUCGAGGUGCAAAUCGACAAACUGCGCAGAGUGAAUGAGGAGUUGACAAAGUUGCCUUGCCAGGCGGUGACUUGCUGCCUGAGUGACAUCCAGCCAAUGGAUGGUGUGUUCUUUGGCAAUGAGGCUUGUAACGUUACAAUGAACUGGCUGAAGGCAAACGCAUCAGUGCUGGAAUGUCGUGUUGUGGGAAACUUUAACAAUAAGAGACAUGUGUUGCUCAGAGCUAACAAUGUCAUGCUCCACACGUUCCUUCUUGAGAAAAAGUUGGUGGCAGUGCGCGAGCUGGCAAGUAGGGCAUCGCAAAACAACAAGAGGACUGAGUGUUCACCAGCCCAGGGUCCGAGACAACUUGACAACGCCAGGUCACCUGGAGAGCAGAAUGAGAAAGUUCUGUCUGAUGCCAGAGAGAGGAAUACAUCGAAAGAUUCUUCAAAAACCCAAUCUGACUCGUCAACAAAAACAAGAGCUCCAUCUGGCAAAUUCACUGUCAACUCCAUUGAAAGUAUUUACAAAUCCGGAAGUUAUUUCAAAGGGAUACCUAUCGAAUGCAAAUCGCCCACUGACUUCUGGGUGCAGGUCUGUUGCUUGGACAGCAAGAUCGAGAAAUAUAAGGAAUUGUUUGCCGACUUGAACAAGAGGUUUUACGGUGUGAAGAACACUACCUACAGACCAGAAGUUGGUGACUUCAUCAUCGCACCUUAUGAUAGGGAGUCGAGUCGUGCUUGCGUCCUUGACAUGAGAAAUGACAAGUUCAAAGUCCGAUUCAUUGAUUUUGGGAACACAGCGGUCGUCCCUCUGGAAGAUGUUCAUCCCGCUGAUUUCAAUUCCUCCUACCUGUAUUCGGUCGGUGUGAACUGUGCAUUGGCAGGUGUUGAGGAGGUCAAGACUGAACCAUGGUCGCAGUUUGCCAUCGAUACAUUCUUCUCAUCUUUUGAGAAGGAUGUGUCAGUGGAAUUUAAGGUUGUGAAGCGAUCACAGGAUAUCUUAGAAGUUGAAGUGCACUGUGAAGGCAGGCUCUUGAAUGAAGAAUUUGUGAGGAGAUGCAAGAAUGGUCCGUCACCAGACAGACCGUUAGGAAAGGGAGCCAAGAAAUCCACACCAAAGAGAAAUUCCCAACAAAAGACUGGAAAACAGAAGAAGGGUUCUUCUCCCAAGAACUCCCAGACCGCGAAGGGGUCGCCACCAAGGAAGGAAUCGCCAACUGCCACUCAAUCCAAGCCUGCUGCAGUUCAACAGCCCAAACCCAGAGCCCAAGCUAUUAAGCCUACGAUUCCAGCCAGGCGAAUGGAGUUAGGAGAACCCUUCCAAGCUCUACCUGUUGUCGUCAUCAGCGCUGAGGAGUUCUACGUUCAGCCAAUGGCCGCUGCAGAGGAAUACGGAGCCUUGUGUGACGCCAUGGAAGAGUACUACAGUCAACACGCUAGCCCUGUGAGUGCGGCUGUUGGUGAGCUAGUUGUUGCUCCGUUCUUGGGCCAGUUCUACCGAGGACGUGUUGAGAAUGUUGACACCGGGACUGGCAAUGUUGUUGUCCAUUUCUUAGAUUUUGGGAAUAAGGAUCCCGUUGAAAAGGACAAGAUAUUUGCGAUACAACCAGAAUUCAUGGCAACCCCCUUGAUCGCUCUUUCAUGCCGAUUGGCCAACGCUCCGAAUGGCUGGAGCUGUGGUGACAAUGCUAUUGCAACGAUCAAGGAACUGAUCCCUGAGAACACUGAAAUUGUGACGACAGUUGUUGAGUACGUCGGUGAUGGUGCUGUUGUCGAUUUCCAGACAGGUUCAACAACAGUUAGUGCCAUUAUGACGGAGGCAGGGUUUGCCAAGGAAGCGUCUGCCAAAAAUGCUGUUGGCCCAACAGCUUCACCGGUAUCAGUUCCAGUACCAUCCAGACCAGCACCAGAACGCAUCCCAGUAGCCAGCAGACGUCAAGCGUCGCCGAAUCUGAAGUAUGUUGUGGAACGUCUAGCGAUUGGGGAAGAGUAUCAAGGGUUGGUCACCCAUUGUGUCAGCCCGGCUGAAAUCUACGUCCAGACAGUUCUGGCAGACAUUGUGCAGGAUUUCGUUGACAUGUCCGGUCCCUUGGUCGCCAAGUAUAGUGCCCUUGGACCAAACACAACAUUCAGACCGUCUCUUGGUGAGUUAGUCGCCACAACAUUUGCUGGGGAUUGGUGCCGUGCCCAAGUGCUCACCGUCAGUGGGAACCAGUGCACUCUUUAUUUCAUUGACUAUGGUAAUGAAGAGGCGGUUCUCAUUGAGAACGUCUACAACUUAGAUGCAGAGUUCCUGACAUGUGUUGUCCCCGUUGUCCAGUGUCGCGUUGCCGGAAUAAAUGGCACAGCGAAUGGUUCAUGGAGUGGUAGUGAUAUUGCGGCGUUUGGCGAGAUGGUCUUGAAUAAUGCUAUCUACAUCAUUGAGGUGGUGGCUAUCGAGGGCGGUGUUGUAGAUGUUGACAUCUUUGACUGUGAGAGGACGAGGAAUUUUAGAAGCGAGCUACUAAUGGGUGGACAUGCUGUUGAAGCCGGUUGUCCUGUUGUCGUGUCUGCACCAGCCGAGCCUGCCCCAGCCGUACCUGUCCCAGCCGAGCCUACCCCAGCCAUGCCUGCCCCUGCCAAGCCUGCCUCUGCGGCAAGUGCGGCAUCGCCUCCAAGAGUUGAUGAGGAACCUACUUGCAUCAGGACACUCCCCACAUUGCUGGAUAAAGUCAAAGUUGGCGAAAACUAUGUUGUCGCUCCAUUGAAUUUGGAGUCCGCUGACCCAUUUUAUGCCGUUUUCCUUCAAAUUGUUGAUGGAAAAGCUAUCACUGAAAUGAGGCAAGAGUUCAAUAUUGUCUACAACAAAAGGAAAAUGAAGCCAAACUUCAGACCAAUAGCUGGUGACAUUGUGGCGGCAAGAUGGAGCGUCGAUCAAGAAUGGCAGCGGUCCCGCGUCAUUUCCGUAGACGAGAGAAAGGGCGUGUUCUUCAUGUUUCAUGUGGAUCUGGGGCACAGCAGUCAUGUGACAUUGCCAAACAUUCGACCGAUCGACAAGAAGUAUUGCUUGCUACCGGAGUUGGUUAUUCCGUGUCGACUGGAGAAUUUGCAGGCGGAACAGCAAGAGAGGGCUGUGCAGCACAUGUCGUAUUGUACAAACGAAGAAGGGAUGUUGGACGGUCAGGUCAAGGCCGUUGAUAAUGGGGUCGUCGUCAUGGCGAUCCCUGCAAUUAGCAUACGGAUGGGAAUGAAUGAAACAACUGGCACCUUCACCCUGGCGCACAUGGCGUGCAUAACAGACAGUUGGUUCAUCAGCCACGAAGAAGUCAUCUUCAUCCACUUCCUCAUCACGCCGAGCAAAUUCUUUGCUCAGCCGUUUAGCAAGAUGACGGCGUAUGAUGACCUUGGGAAAGAGAUGACAAAAUGUUAUCAAACGAUGCCUGUCAACUCUGAUUUCAAGCCAGACAUUGGAGACGUGGUGGCCGCUCCCUUCGAGGAGGACAACAGAUACUACAGGUCUGUAGUCCUUGCCAAAGAUGGUGAAACUGUCCAAGUACGUUUCAUAGAUUGGGGAAACGACCAGGUGGUCGACCUGCAGCGUGUGUACAGACUGAAAGAUGUCUUCAUGAAGCUCCCCUAUGGCGCGUUUGAAUGCAGUCUAGCUGGAGUCGAACCUGUUGGUGAUCAGUGGACAUCAGACGCCAUUGGUUAUUUCGCGAUGUUAACGGGACAGAAUAAGUUGAACUUGAAAGUGGUCGAGAAGAGUGCGGAUUUGAUGAUUGUCGAGGUCAUGGUCGGUGGAGGGUCAUCUGUCAAUGAUAUGUUGGUGCAGCAAGGUGUUGCUAAAAGAGUGGGAGGUAGUUCCCCUGCUCCUAGGUCUGUCAUCGUCGAGGCUGAAGGUGACCCGUCGUCAGUAGUCAUCAGGAGGAACCAGAUUCGGCAAUACAAGGUAAUGGCUGGAUUAUCCGUCCAGGCCAUUGUGGUGCAUCAAGGAGACCCGGAGAAUUUCUACGUGCAUAUUGCAACCGAUGACUUCAUUGCUAAUUUACAAGCUCUUGAUGAGAAAAUCAAUGAAUACGUCGCCAGGGAAAAUGCGGCUUACCUACCGAAGUGUCAAGAAAUGGUCAUCGCUCAAUGGCAAGGCUCGUGGUACAGAGCAGCUGUUGUUAAUGUACUGGAUCCACAACAAAUUCAAGUGCACUUCAUUGAUUAUGGCAAUGACGAUGUAGUCUCUGUAAAGGACGUUCGCAAAUUCUGCUCGGAAUUCAUGACCCCGGCUAUGGCUAUCGCGUGCUCCCUUGCCAAUGUUAAGCCACCUGCAGGCCGUGUGAACAAGGAGCAAGUGGACUUAUACAAGAGUUUGGUGCCAGCAGAUGGCCGGUUUAUGUUGAAGGUCAUCUGUACAGCAGAGUCGUCUGCAAGCGUCGAGCUGUACGAAUUUGAAAAUCCUGACAUCUGUGUCAACAAAGACAUUGCUAAGUUACAGGCUGCCUCGGGACCUGCAAGACGGAUAUUUCCUGCCAACAAUUUAGAAAGGAGAACUUUAAGUCUGAACAAGGCCACUGCAGUCAGCGUUGCCUCCAUCAGUGCUGUGGAUCUGUUUGUCAAUAUCAUUGAUCCAGUAGAUUGGAACAGCUUCAUGAUCUUCAGUGCUGCCAUCUAUGAAGAGUGCCUAAAGCUUACUGCUGAAGAUUAUCAGCCAGUCGUUGGUGAGGUGAUUGCUGCUCUAUUUGAAGCGGUGUGGUACCGAGCUGAAGUAAGAGGUGUCGACAGUGAUGGGAACGUUGGUGUGUUCUUCUUCGAUUACGGCAACUGGGAAGUAGUACCGCUCUCCGCCACCAGGUUACUCCCCGAGGAAAUGGUAACGUUUCCCAUUCAAGGCAUACCAUGUAAACUGGCAGAUGUUGAGCCAGUUGGUGGCAAGUGGAGUGUGGAUGCUCAGCAAGUCGCCAAAGAGUUAUUCCUGUCCGGUGAGGUAGUCGCCACAUCUCUGCAAUGCCUUGACGGUGUCCAUCACAUCAAACUAGAAGUCGACAAAGGUGGCAAAAUCAUAGACCUUGGUCAGAUGCUGGUGAAGUGCGGCCAUGCUGUCUCCACCGCGCCAGAGCCGUCCAGGGGAAAUGGGGGAAUCCCAGCCGGCGUUGUGGCUCCUCCCGCAAACUUGAGCGCUCUCCAACGUCAGCUGCAGGAACAGGAGGAAGUGAUCAGAAUGCUGCGAGCAAAGCUGCAAAUGUAGACAUUGAACGUCUGCUAGACUUGUCAAGCGUCUGCCUGCAGACUGGUUUCUGCAGACCAUUGGCAGUGUUGCUGCAGACAUAAGUAUCUUUACCUGUCAGAAUUGUAAUCUUUAAAUGAAAGUUAACACCUUCAGCACCGAACCACGGAGA